UUUCAACGCGCGACGAUGGUGAGACGUGGCGUUGCGAUCGCGAUCGUUGGUGUCGCCGCCGUGGUGGUCGCCCUUGGCACCGGCCUCGGCAUCGGGCUCAGGGAUGACGACGCGACCCCGGCCCCGGCCCCGACCCCGACCACCGUCAGCGGGCUGUCGGGCGCGGCGAAGACGAACGCGCUCAAGGCGGCGUUGACGCCGCGUAAAGUCACCAUGAUCCCGUCAGAGGGUGUUUCGACGACGUCUUCUGGUUCGUCUCGAAUCGAUGGUCGUUCGCUCGUCGAGGUGACGCCUCUCGAAGUGUCUUCGUUCUCUUCGACGUCCGACUACGCCACGGCGCCGCCGGCGGAGACGUUCGUCGACGCUGUAAGUACCGAAAUUUUCCAGAUACCAAACAUGGUUCUUUGCUACGUCGCCUCGGUGAACUGGACGGCGAACCUGAACACUGGCCCAUACAUCGCUGAGAUCGAUCCUUUCCACUGUGACAACAGCGACGGCGACCGAAUCAAGGGUAAGGUUACGUACCGUUGGGUCGUCAACGCCACGGGCCCAGACAUCGACGACGCGAGCGAUACCCGUGAUUUCAAGACGAACGUCUGGGUAGCCCUCAGCGAUACCCCAGAAAUGCCGAACAUCGACACGGAAAUGAUCGUCAAGCGCGAUGACGUCGCCAUCAAGUCUGACAAAAUCUUGGUGAAAAACUUUACCUUUACGUACCAAUCGCCGACUGGCUCGACCGCGUCCCAACGCAUCAAAGGUGUGGUUCGUCGCGAGUGCGAAACCACCGACGCGGAUUCGGAUUGCACGGCGACCGGGGUCACGUGGUGGGAAGAGGUGACACGAGGCAGCAAUUCAUUCACCGCGGGUGCUAAAUCGCGCGCAGAAAACGACAUCACGAAGGCCUCUUUCCAGACCAUCGACUUUGAUAAUGGUUCGACACAAGCGGGUCAAUUGGUGACUACCGCUACGCUCGUCAAGACGAAGGCGUACGGGCAGUCAUUCUGCGAUGAACUCGAGAACAGAUCGUUCUUCGGUGAGCGCUACGGCGCGUACGACAGCAACGGGGCGAAGGUGAACCUUCAAAGCUACGUGCAUCUUCAGGCUACAGGCAGCGACGGCAAGACGUAUAAUGCUGAUCUGCACUAUCCGGGCAAUCUCUACAUUUCCGAUUACGACUACAUUUCCGACACCGCGCUCAGUACCGCCGAGAAGACUAUCGCUCAAACCGCGUUCACCGACGGGAACGUAGUAGAGGAAAUUGUCGAUUGGGAUGAUCCGAUACUGAACGUGAACAAGAGGCUCAAAGUCUCACGCGGGGUGUUGUACAAGUUCACGGCGACGGUGCGAAGCGCAAGCGACUACCAAGGGGCGACGAUCACAGGCUGGUUCUGGGAUGACACUAACGCUGCAGAAGUUGAGGUCAAGUUCAGGUAUGACUCCGACGCGAACGCACUCGUGUUGUCGUCGAAGCGAACUUGGAACGGUGGAUCGCUGAACACGAACUCAAUCACGACUCCGCGUGCGCUCACGAUGGCUGACAUUGACAACCAAAUCAUACGCUGCUGGGGAAGCAUCUUCGGCCGAGGCUCUGCGAGUUUGCUUAACCUGACGCACUUCAAAGUGUCUGACGCGCAAACCGUCCCCCCUGGGUCGCUCAGCAGCCACCUCGCACUCACGUGCGGCGAGCGGUGUAUCGACCAGACGAAGCUAUCGAGUGCGAGCAGUCACGACAGCCAGUUCUACGGCUCGCCGAACGGAUACAACGACGCUCGAAGCACUUAUAAAAAGUACGUCUUCGACAAAGAUACCGGCUCGUUGAAGGAAGACGUUUCCGGCACCCUCGGCGCUGAAGUCGUAAUGGACCCAACCAACUCAUUCUUUGACUCGGGAGAAGUUCAUAUGGUUCUCUUCGAAGCUACACCUGCGAACCUCGACACUUUGAGUUGCACCGCCACUACCGACGUUUGCGAGGAACCCAACAAAUUGGAUGUGCACUACGAGUGGAGCUCAAGCAAUUGGGAGGGCAUGGCGUGGCUCGAAGAUCCUUCGGACUCCGCGUCAAAGAAGUUCAUGGAUGCGCCUCUCCAGCUUCAAGGCAAGAUACCCACGGACGCCGUGUUGCUGCGCUCUCCAUCCGGUACCGACUACUCCGGGGUGAAUCUCAACGUGCGUUACGAAGGCGGUUGGUUGGGCGACGCGCCGUUCAUUUGCUUCAAUCCGAUGACUGGUUCGCGCGCGGCGCCCGAGGUCGACCAGUAUGGCAACGAGGAGUGCGACGACAACAAUGGUUACCAUCGCCGUCCGGAUGUCCUGAUCCCCGAUGGCACCACGUUCAAACAACCAUCGACUGGCGACCGGUACGUCUUGAAACUCGAAAGUGGUGUCGAAAUGCUUGCUCCCGCCGAUGCGUCGGCGUGCUCCGGGAUGUCGUACGACACGAGCAUCACGGUGCCCACGGCGGCGGACUACACCGCGUUCACCAUGCCGACGAAGCCGUCCAUGACCGGGCUCAGCGUAAAAGGCACGGAUAAGGUUUCCUAAUCAAUCAAGUCAACCAGUGCUUGUUUUCAAGAUCGUGUCCGAAACGCCGGCGUUAUAUCGGCGGGCGCGACCCAUCGAUGCGACUCAAACGACGGCCAAACUUGAGUCUCUCGGCAGCAAUAAAAUCAUUUAGCGCCAACACGCGCGAGUCUUUAAUUAAUAAAUAUAAACUUCUCCGUACCGGUUAUCAUGUGGAGCGCACGAGACCUACGACCGACGCGUAUUCGGAAAUGAAGCGUGGCUGCAUGCCCAAGUUCACUCGAUGGUUUGAGCAUUGCGUCACUGUUGAAUUCCCUGAGAAGUGGGUUGGAAAUAAAAUCCGCAACAGUGACAUCUUCAUCGAAUACCAGACGUGGUUGCCAGCGGCUGCGCGUGGACAAGAUAGCGCGACGAAGGUCGGCAAUAAGCUCAAGGACUUCUUCAAGAAGGAAAAGGGCCACAGGAUCCCAAUGGAAGAGGACCACCUGAGGCAAGGUAGGGACGAGAAGGGCGUCUAUUGGGAAAUUGACCGCGACGGGUGCUUCGAGUGGCUGAAGAACAAUGGGUACACGGGGGAGACGGAGCUCGCGCCGGCGGUCGUCUGGUGUUCAUACUAAUUUUGUGAUUCGUACAUUUGCAAUAUGAAGACUCAACAAGACACCGAAAAGACCAUGGUUUGGAUCCUGACGAAAUGACGAAUGACGAACUGUUUUCAUAAAGGUCUACACUGUUGCUUGUCAUAGAUCUAAAAUAAAAAUAAACAUUAAAAUAUUUUAACAUUU